AUGUCAGAAUCACCGGCAAUACAUGAAAACACUAGAGAAUACAGUGCCCAAUCAAGACCAACAACAACAGAAUACGCCGAGUUUGAUUUCGAGGACGCUUCACAUGAAAGCGAUGAUAACAACCAUCAUCAGCCUUUGCUAUCCAAUAUAGACUCGAGUGACGACGAUGAAGAGUCGAUGCUGGAUGAUCCAGAACAAAAGCAGUAUAAAUUACCUUCGGAGGGAGGUACUAUCUUCUCGAGCUUUCUCAACAUGGCCAACAGCAUUAUCGGGGCAGGAAUCAUUGGAUUGCCGUUUGCAUUUAAGGAAGCUGGAUUCUGGAUGGGCAUCUUGUUAUUGGUUGCAUUGACAAUCAUCGUAGAUUGGACUGUGAGAUUAUUGAUGUACAACGGAAAGCUAGCUGGCAGAUCAACAUAUCAAGAUUUGAUGGAAUUUGCAUUUGGCAGACCGGGAUUGAUUGCGAUUUCUAUCUUUCAAUUUGCAUUUGCAUUUGGAGGCAUGUGCGCUUACUGUGUCAUCAUAGGUGACACUAUUCCACAUGUUAUACGGUCAUUGUUUCCUAAAAUCCACCAAGUACCCGUCCUCUGGAUAUUUGGAGACAGAAGACUGUGCAUUUCAUUCUUUACAUUGUUUGUAUCGUACCCGCUCUCACUUUACCGGGAUAUAUCAAAGCUAGCAAAAACGAGUGCAUUGGCUCUGAUUGCAAUCAUUGUCAUCAUCGUGAGUGUGGCGGUGGAAGGGCCUAGAGCGUCAGCGGAUAUCAGAGGAUCAUCAGAUGUCAUGUUUAAUGUUAUAAACGAUGAAGUAUUCCAAGCUAUCGCUGUUAUAAGUUUUGCCUUUGUGUGCCAUCACAACAGCUUUCUUAUAUUUGGCUCUUUGAAGCAACCAUCGCUAAACAGAUUUGCUGUUGUCACACAUUGGAGUAUGUGCAUUGCUUUCUUUACAUGCUUUGCAUUAGCUGUCUCUGGAUAUUUAGUCUUUACAGACAAGACAGUUGGCAACAUUUUGAACAAUUUCCCAUCUGAUAAUACCUUUAUCAACAUUGCACGAUUAGCGUUUGGCUUAAACAUGUUCACAACGAUACCAUUGGAAGUAUUUGUCUGUAGAGAAGUGCUGGAGACGUUUUACUGGCCAUCUGCUCCAUUUGAUAAAACACGACACUUUUUCAUCACAACGGCGCUCAUUCUCAUCACAUUGACUAUCUCCUUGUUGACCUGUAAUUUGGGCAUCGUUUUGGAACUGACUGGUGGUUUCUCAGCGACGGUGCUGGCCUUUGUAUUACCGCCCUUAUGCUUCUUGAAGUUAGCAGGCGGAUCGCUAUGGGAGAGAAGCAAGAUUCCUCACUGGUUGUGCAUGAUGUUUGGUAUUCUGAUCAUGGUAUUGAGUACAUUUUACAGUCUUCAAAAAGUGUUUAUGUCCGCAGAUAUCAUUAGUGUAUCUGGAGAAGGUACAGUGGCAGAAACGUGUAAUUAA